CUUGACUUUGCUUCAUCACUGCUCUCACUGCUCAAAUCCCCCUAGGCUUGACUGUUUCUUACUUAGAGGUAGUGGACAGAGGUACUACUGAUAACUAAUCAAUCGAGGAAGCAAUACUACCCAACCUAUCACGAUGAAUCAGCAUCCAGCCAUGUGGGGACAGCCCAUGUCUGCCUACGACGCGUUCAACGCACACGCCAGCUUCCCUUUACCUAUGAGGUCUGCUCCAAAGGCACAGCCAGUGUCGCAUACUCAACAACCCGUCGUCACUGGUACUUCGGUCCUUGGCCUCAAAUUCAGAGGUGGUGUCAUGCUUGCUGCGGAUAACUUGGCGUCAUACGGGUCUUUAGCUCGAUUCCGUGAUAUCCAACGUCUUCACCCUUUAGGUCCCCACUGCGUCAUGGCCGUUGCUGGUGAUAUGGCCGAUUUCCAGUGGUUGAAAAGGGAUCUCGGUUCAAUUCUGCGCGAAGAAGAAGCCCUCUCUCUUACCGAUAACCACCCAUCUCUAUCCGCUGCCAACAUCUACAACUAUCUCUCGAUAAUCUUCUACAAUAGGCGAUCAAAAGGUGAUCCAGUGUGGAACACUGUGCUUGUUGGCGGAUGGGAUGAGGCGAAAAAGGAGAGCUUCCUCGGUUAUGUCGAUCUUCUCGGAACCACCUACUCCUCUCCCACUUUGGCAACGGGAUAUGGAGCUCACAUCGCCCAACCUCUACUCCGUGAAGCUUUCGAAGCUAAAGCAGGUCUGGACGGUAAAGGCGAGCUUCCAACGGCCGAAGAAGCGGAGAAGCUGUUGGACGACUGUAUGAAGGUAUUGUUUUACCGUGAUGCCAGAAGUUUGAACAAGUAUCAAGUCGCUACUAUCACGGCCGAAGGAGUCAAGAUCUCGGAUUCGAAAUCCGCCAAAACCGAAUGGGGUUUUGCUGAGGGUCUGAGAGGAUAUGGUGCCCAGGAUCGAUGAAUGGCAAGGGUGUGGUGGGGUGUACACAUAUGCAUGAUCAUUCUCUG